AAAUACAAACUGUUCUUUUUUCAAACCAGAAUGGGAAGGAUAGUUUGAUAAGUUUUUGAAGUUGCGUGAUUCCUGAAGAGAAUUUGUGUCUUGUGCUGAUGACGUUGGACCAGCUGCCCCCACAAUGAAGUCCCGCAACAUGAAAAAACACAGUUCGAGUGCAAGGACGAUAACAAUAUUGUGACAGUUCAAUUCGGACAUUAAACCAUGACCGCAGAGCCCAGUUCCUACGAGAUGGAGAUCCGAACCGAGGAGAAAGAAAAGCCAAAACCAGCCUCCGGAAAGAUCUUUUACAACCCCGGAGUUGAAGAGGAGACAGAAGAAUCCAGCGUGUUUGACAGCUCGAUGGUGGAGUCUCCGAUGCUCGGGGUUGGGUUUAGAGGCAGCGGGUUCCUCAGGCCGCCGCUGACGCUGCAUGCUUCGAACAGUCUACAUAGGAUCCCGACGUACAGUAGUUCUAUUGGACAGAGCACUGUUUAUCGACAGGAUACGUGCAGGAGCCGAUCACAUAGGCACGGAGCCACGCGGAGAACGAGGCGGCGAGCCAUUCUCAAAAAUGGAGAGUGUAAUAUCCUCAAGUCAAAGAUCUCGCAACGGCGUCUUAGAUUCCUACAAGACAUGUUCACCACCUUAGUAGACGCCCAGUGGCGAUGGACUCUGCUCGUUUUCACAUUAUCCUUUAUCCUCUCCUGGCUUGGAUUCGCAUUGAUUUGGUGGCUAAUUGCAUUCACACAUGGAGACUUAGAAGAAAACCACCUCCCAACCAACCAAGAAAGCUCAGACUGGAAACCGUGUGUGUUCAACAUUUAUGAUUUUACAUCGUGCUUCCUGUUCAGUAUUGAAACUCAACAUACUAUUGGCUACGGAUCUCGUACGACCACCGAAGAGUGUCCGGAAGCGAUAUUUAUUAUGUGCCUUCAAAGUAUCGUGGGUGUUAUGAUCCAAGCUUUCAUGGUCGGUAUUGUGUUCGCUAAAAUGACGCGACCGAAACACAGGACACAGACUCUACUGUUCUCGAAAUACGCGGUCGUUUGUCAGAGAGAUGGAGAGUUAUGCUUAAUGUUCAGAGUCGGUGAUCUCAGGAAGUCGCACAUUAUUGGUGCGAGUGUGAGAGCGCAACUUAUUCGCUCGAGAACCACCAAGGAGGGUGAGGUGUUGUCUCAUUACCAAACAGAAUUAGAAUUGAACGCAGACGGAUGCGACAGUAAUCUGUUCUUCAUCUGGCCGAUCACUAUGGUGCACCGAAUCAAUGCCGAGAGUCCGUUUUACGGUGUGUCUGCAGCGGAUGUGUUACAGGAAAGAUUCGAAAUAGUAGUUAUUUUAGAAGGUACGAUUGAGUCGACGGGACAGACGACGCAAGCUCGUUCUAGUUACACCACCAGUGAAAUCAUGUGGGGGCACAGGUUUGCGCAGCUAGUGACGUACAACCGCGAGCGCCAGGGCUACGAGGUGGACUACUCGAAGUUCGAGGAAACGACGCAGGUGGAUACUCCGCUUUGCUCCGCCAAAGAGCUGGACGAGUUCUACGGCAGCCAGACUGAUCGCCGAUCUAUCGAAAACGCGGAACCCCUUGUCCUGAAGAUGCCCGAGCGUACCCCGACGGAACCCAAAGCCGAACACAAAGAUGGAGAUUACACUGUCACUCUUUAAAACUGUAAUAAUGUUAUUUCAGAAACGAAUGAGUAUUUAUUA